AUGGUUGGGUUGGUGUCUGCUGCCGGUCUCGUCGGCUUCUUGUCAGAACCCGAUCCGGAGCUCAGAAGCUUUGCUCUGAAGCAGCUUGACAGCCAGGUUGACUUGCUAUGGACCGAGCUUGCCGAUUCCGUGGGACAGAUUGAAGCGCUGUACGAAGAUGAUUCCUUUCCGGAGCGCGAGCUCGCCGCCAUCGUCGCAUCCAAAGUGUAUUACCACCUUCAAGAAUAUAAUGAGUCCAUGGCCUUUGCCCUCGGUGCCGGAAAGUACUUCAGAUUGGACGACCCUGGCGAAUUUGAAGACACCAUAAUCUCCAAAUGUGUAGAUACAUUCAUUGCCCUGUCCGCCAGCCGAGAUCCGACGCUGGCUGCCGCCAAUAGUGCCAGCCAACCCCAACUUGACACAGCAUUUAGUCAAGGAGGAGAUGGCGCCGCCAGCAUGUCUGCCAGCCUAACAUCCCCCGUCACGCCGUUUUCGCAGUCCGUUCUCCCGUCAAAGUCCCUUCUAUCCAGGCAGAACACCGUAACCUUCGAUCCUACCCAGGCCGGCGUCGAGCUCGGCGAGGUUGGGUCGCCCGAGCGAAUCAUUCAAGAGCGCGGUCUUCAGAAAGCCCUUACUCGGGUCAUAGAGUCUCUAUUCGAGAAAUGCUUUCGAGAAAAGAGAUAUCGUCAAGUCGUGGGAAUUGCUUUGGAGGGACGCAAUCUGGACAUUCUACGUCGCGUGAUCAAACGAGCGGCGGAAGAUGAGCGAAAAGAAAACGGCGACGCCACAAAGAAGGGCGAAGAGCUGAUGGAAUAUGUGUUGGAUAUCUGUAUGAGCGUGGUACAAGAGCGAGGUCUGCGAAAUGAGAUCCUCAAGGUCAUCUUGGAACUGCUCAACGAAAUCCCCUCCCCUGACUACUUUGCCAUCGCGAAAUGUGUGGUUUAUCUCGAUCAGCAUUCUAUGGCUUCCAACAUCCUGAGACAACUGAUCGAAAAGGGGGACGCCCGCUCACUGGCUGUGGCAUACCAGAUCUCCUUUGAUCUCUACGACAAUAGCACACAAGAGUUCCUCCGAAAGGUUCGGGAAGAGCUUGCCGAUAUGUUACCGCAGGAAGAUCCAAAGCCUGAAGACGGCGACAAGAUGGAAACCGAUACUCAGGCCAAGACGGAAGAGCAAUUACACCAAGAACUGCAGAGUUCCGCAGGUGCCCCGGCGCCCUCUGAAAAACCCAAGCUGUCGAACCCUGAGCAGCGGGAUGCAGUCGAGAAGAUCAGAGAUAUCUUGGAUGGCCUCACGUCAAUACAUCUGAACGUCGAGUUCUUGCACAAGUCGAAUCGGGUUGAUUUAUCGAUUCUGAACAAGGUCAAAGACAGUCUGGAAGCGCGCUAUUCUAUAUAUCACACCGCCGUCACUCUGUGCGCUGGGCUGAUGCAUGCCAAAACUGCAACCGAUACCUUCUUCCGCAACAACUUGGAGUGGCUGGGCAAGGCUACCAAUUGGUCGAAGUUUACUGCCACCGCAGUCUUUGGUGUCAUCCACCAAGGCAAUAUCAAGCAAGCCCGUCGUUUGCUGAGCCCGUACCUUCCUAAGCCGAGUGGGGUCGCCACUUCUCACGAUUCUCCAUACAGCCAAGGUGGUUCGUUGUACGCUUAUGGAUUAUUAUGUGCCAAUCACAAAGGAAAGGCUGUCAACUUUAUCCGAGAGAAGUUCAAGGAAGCCACCGAGGAGGUCGUGCAGCAUGGAGGUGCCCUUGGCCUCGGCGUUGCAGGAAUGGCCUCGGGCGAUGAGACGAUAUUCGAAGACCUGAGAAAUGUGCUUUGGUCUGAUUCUGCCAUCAAUGGCGAGGCUGUGGGUCUGGCAAUGGGCCUCGUCAUGCUCGGCUCGGGCAACACCAAAGUCUUGUCAGACAUGAUCCAACAUGCCCACGACACUCAACACGAGAAAAUCGUCCGAGGUCUUGCAGUCGGUAUGGCAUUGAUCAUGUACGGCCGACAAGAAGGCGCGGAUGAGCUCAUUCAAGGUCUUCUCAACGACACUGAUCCUACCAUGAGGUAUGGUGGCAUCUUGACGAUUGCCAUGGCGUACGUCGGCACUGGCAGCAACAAGGCCGUUCGAAAACUGCUCCAUGUAGCCGUCAGUGAUGUCAGCGAUGACGUUCGCCGAAUCGCCGUCCUCAGCUUGGGAUUCAUCCUGUUCCGAAAACAUACCAGUGUUCCUCGAAUGGUGGAGCUGCUCGCCGAGUCCUACAAUCCACACGUCCGAUAUGGUGCUGCCAUGGCACUGGGUAUCUCUUGUGCGGGCACGGGUCUUGCUGAAGCUAUCGACUUGCUCGAGCCCAUGCUGAAGGAUCCCACCGACUUUGUACGCCAGGGAGCCCUCAUCGCCCUUGCCAUGGUGUUGAUACAGCAGAACGACGCACUGAAUCCUAAGGUUGGCAGCAUUCGCAAAGCGAUGCUUAAGAUUAUUAGCGACCGGCACGAGGAUGCAAUGUGCAAAUUUGGCUGCGCUAUCGCCAUGGGCAUUCUUGACGCUGGUGGGCGAAAUUGUACGAUCAGCCUGCAAACCCAGACUGGCAACUUGAACAUGGUGGGAAUUGUUGGUGCUGUAGUAUUCACACAAUACUGGUACUGGUUCCCAUUGACACAUUUCUUCUCGUUGUCAUUGACGCCGACUGCGGUGAUUGGCGUGGACCAGAAGCUUGAAGCUCCGGUAUUCAAAUUUCACUGCAACACCAGACCUAGUCUCUUCGACUAUCCCCCAGAGCAACAAGCAAAAACUGACGAAGCCCCCGAGAAAGUCAAGACGGCUGUACUGAGUACCACGGCGCAAGCAAAGAGACGAGCGGCAAGAAAGGAGCGACAGCAACGAAGAGAUAGUAUGGACGUCGAUACCGUGACGCCUGUGACACCCAAGAUUGAGAAAGGGGACAAGAUGGAUACUGACGAGGUCGGUGGGACUUCUGCAAUCAAGGAUGAUACUGAAGGCAAGGAAAAGGAGAAGUCCAAGGAGGACGCGGAGAAAAAGGAGGGCGAGACUCAUGGGGAGGGGAAGAAAAGAGCAGAGAAAGAGAAGAUUGGCUAUGAUAUCAGCAACAUGUCCCGGGUGUUGCCUGCACAGCUGAAAUAUCUGACAUUCCCGGAUCAGCGAUAUCAGCCUGUCAAACGGCCCACAGGUGGUGUGAUGGUUGUGCUCGAUACCGAGCCGGAGAAGGAGAGGGAAAUCAUCCCCUUGUUGGUCAGCAAAACCGAGGCCCCCGCAAGGGCACCAACGGGAGGGCAAUCCCUAGCCGAAGGAGCUCAGCUUCCCCAGACACCAGCUGGCCAGAGGACAGGACAGGAUACAGCCGCCGGUGUGGGCGCUGGAGCAGCGGCAGCGGCAGGUGUUUUGACAGCCAUCGACGAGGAUGAAGAGGGAGUGGAAGACGCACCUCUGCCCAGGGAGUUUGAUUAUGAGACUGAAGGAGAGCAAGAAGGAGAGCAAUAG